GACGAGGGCCAGACCCAUGUAAUCAAACAAAAACCAGUGGCUUCUAUCCUCCAAAAAGCAAUAUGUAAAAACAAACUCACUCACUCACUCAACCAAACCUUACUCCUUCACACAAACACUCGGACCAAAAAUGGCUGCAACACACCUCAAACAACUCUUGGUAAUGCCACCAUUGCUACUCAUCCUCCUCCUCUUCUUCCUGCUCAGCCCUUUUGGCUGCGUUUCGGGUGUCGGAAUAAACUACGGUACCCUUGGAAACAACCUCCCUUCGCCAAAGAGAGUAGCUCAGCUCCUCCAAUCCACCAUCAUCGACAAGGUCAAGAUCUACGACUCCAACCCUGAAAUCCUCGAAGCCUUUUCCAACACCGGCAUUGAUCUCAUCGUUGCCGUCGAAAACUACCACGUGUCUAACAUCAGUGCCACCACUUCCGCCGCCGACGAGUGGUUCUCCACCCGCAUACUCCCCUUCAUUCCGGCAACCUCCGUCGUCGCCAUCGCUGUCGGCAACGAGUACUUAACCACCGACACUGAUCACUUGGACCCCAAAGACCUAGUCCAGGCCAUGCAAAACCUACAUGAGGUGUUGGUAUCACGUGGAUUGGACCGUAAAAUCAAGGUCACAACGCCACACAGCAUGGCUGUUCUUGCUUCUUCGUUUCCACCUUCGGCUUCCACAUUCGCCAUGAACUUCAUCCCUACCAUGACCUCCAUUGUAGACUUCCUAGCCGGCACAGGUGCACCUUUCAUGGUGAAUGCAUACCCAUAUUUUGCCUACAGAGACAACCCCAACACCAUCAAUCUCCAGUACGCAUUGCUAGGCAAUGCCACCACCGGAGUCCGUGACCCCAAGGGAUACAUGUACACCAACAUGUUGGACGCACAAAUAGACUCCGUUCGAGCCGCCAUCUCCGCCCUCGGAUUCGGAAAUCAAACAAUCCAAAUAACGGUCUCCGAAUCCGGGUGGCCCUCAAAAGGGGACUCCAGCGAAAAAACCGCCACGCCGGAAAACGCAAAGACUUACAAUACUAGACUCAUCGAACGAGCCCAGUCCAACAAAGGGACUCCCAUGAGGCCCAAAGACAACAUAGAGAUAUUCGUGUUUGCUCUGUUCAAUGAGAACAAGAAAAAGGGAGGUGACAGUGAGAGGAACUUUGGGAUUUUUAAUGGGGAUGGUUCAAAGGUAUAUGACGUGGAUCUGAGCUGUGAGUUUUGCAGCGGUGGUGGUGGGAAGCUAGGGUUUGGGGAGAAAGUGUCGGGUGCGGCGAGGGGGCCGUCAGUGUGGUGCGUGGCGAAGCCGCAUGCGGACGAGAAGGUGGUUCAGUCGGUAUUGGAUUUCUGCUGCGGGCCGGGGGGUGUGGACUGUAGGGAGAUCUAUGAGAGUGGGAAUUGUUAUGAGCCGGAUAAGAUUCAUGCGCAUGCAUCCUACGCCAUGAAUGCUUAUUAUCAGAUGCAUGGGAGGAACUACUGGAACUGUGAUUUCAAGUCCGUUGGCCUUGUUACCUUCAGUGAUCCAAGUUAUGGAACAUGCCGGUACUCCGAACAGUAGUAAACACACCGAAAGAUGAAAGAGACAGAGAAGUAGUUCAAUAAUGUGGUUGACAGCUCUUUGGUUUAUGUCUGAUUGUACUACUAAUGCGUGGGCUUGUUUACACUUUUCAGACCCUAAAUUUCUUUACCACACCACCCCCAAUUAUUACAAAAUGUCAAAGGGAUCUUCUGUUAAGGAUUUUGAAUGUUAGUUUGGUUUGUCCUUGUCCAGCAAAUGAGCAUAAAACCCUUCUUCUUUUUUUUUUAUCUUUUUUUUUUUCUCUUGGGAGAAGAUAAAGAUAAAGAUAAAGAUAAAGAUAAAGAUGAGCAGAAGAUGUACAUGAUGAUAAAAAUUGAACAUCUCCGUGAUCAAAGGCUGUUUUUGUGGUCUGAAAAAAGUGCUUACUCCUCCUUUCCACCAAAAGGGUAAGAGAGAUAAGUUUUUAUUAUUUU